AUGCUACCGAACAUUGAUGAAUUACCAAAGUCUAUUAUCAACACGAUCCUUCAGACCCCAAAGUUCAUCAAUGUUCCAUCGGAAACGAUUUCUAUUGUUUUAACUCUUGGUCAAUUAUAUGAUCCAGCGGAAAAGAUAAUUAAGAAAGCCACACUACCUGCAUCGAUUGACUUUUAUAAGCAAGAAAAGUUUCCACCUCUUCUUCCUCGCGAAAAACUCAUCCAUCCUCAAGCACUUUCAAGAGUAGAAGGAAUUAUUGAAGUUUUACAGAAUGACAAGCAAUUAGCAUCUAUGUUUAUGAAAGCUUGUGACAAGCAAUACUCUGAAAUCGUCAAAAACCCAAGAUCUAUGGAUAUUUUCACAGCUUUUAUAGUUAUCUUUACUUCUAUCUCAAAGAAGUUCAGCAUAUCACCACCGACAUCAUUCAUAACUUCUCCAUAUAUAUUCUCUUAUUGGGUUACAAAUUACGAAAAUUUCGAUGAUAAUUUUUACCAAAUUAUCAAUACAAUUAGAGUAUAUUGCUUUAAUAUGAUGCUUCUACGUGGUGUACAGGAUUUUGUUGCAAUAAUUCAAACAAAUUUCCAACAUCCAUUAAUUUUUGCAGAAAUCAUGCGUAGAAUGAUAUCGUUGCAGCCAAAAAUUGAUCUCAAAUCAGACGGCAUCGAACCAUUAUUACAAUCAGUUAUGCAAGCGAUGAUUUUUUAUCAAUCUUUUGAAAAUUUAUCAGAUAGAGAGAUAGAUGCAAUUAAUAAAGCCAAGAUUGGUCUCAUUAUAUUCUUUAACAACUACUUACUCGAUGAUAACCUCAUAGAAGAGAUCUUUACGAACCAUAUUUUCAUUUCUGGAUUUAUUGGUAUGUUGGGUGACCAAUCCAUGCAAAGUUUCUGCAUUGCCCAUAUCAACAGAUACAUCAGUACCAAGAAAUCAUCACAAAACAUAGAGUUACUUGAGAGAAUUUACCAACUUGCAAUUUUUUGUGUGGAAAACUGCAACGAUCCUGAAGUUGUUCAACUCGGAUGUGUCACAUUCGAGCUUAUCUCCACAAUUCUCACACUUUAUCCUAACAUAUCUUCACUUUUUGACCCACUUUUUGAAGAUAUCAAAUUAGGUAUCGUAAAUAUUAAGGAUUUUCCUGAUUCCAAGCUGUUCAUUCAGAAUGUCCUUUCAUUCUAUGCUAACUCCGUGCAACAUAAGUUCGCCAAUCCCGAGUUAAUCGCAAUGCAAAACGCGAUUUCUAUAAUUUACAGGAAUGAACCAACGACAAACAUAUUUGUAAAGGUUCUUCAGAUCAUUUCCAGGAAGCACAUGACAUUUCUGACCAACCAUUUCGAUAUAAAAGAAGGAAAAGCUCUAAGAUUAUUAAUAUCUAUACAUGAAAACUCUUCUCAGAUCGAUACAGUCCUCAAAUUCGUUCAUGAACUCAUCAGUGAUUCAGUGGGUAACGCUAUAAUGGCUCACAAUGGAGAAUUGGACUUUUAUUUAAUAGAUUUAAUUUAUUCUUGGAGAAAUAAGGAAAAAACUCCAGAAAACACCAGCAGAAUUGACUUAAUUCUCAAUAUUUUGACGGUUAUAUUGAGCCAAAUUAGCUCUGCAAGCCUUGUAAGGUAUUUUAUCAGAUUAAUUUGUCCGAAUGAUGGGAAAUCGCUUCCUUUCUAUCACAAUUCCAUUGUACAAUCAAUGAUGCAGAUGAUGUCCGCUUCAAAAUACAGACCAAAUCUGUAUUUACCUUUAAUUGACAAAUUUACGUUCACAAUGAGAGGAUUCAAGACUUCCUAUUUUAACAAGAACUUUACAUUGGCCUUCUGGAUCUAUAUUGAAGAAAUUGAGAACAAAUAUUUCGGACAAGUUUUCCUGGCCGUAGAUGAGAAAGAUGGUAAGCUUGGAGUGUUCAUUGCAGAGGAUCAAAUAUAUAUCUACAUGCAAAAAGGAGGACAAGACUACACAGCAAAAACUGAAAUUUCUAUUCCACCGAAAAAGUGGAAUUUAGUAACAAUCGGCUUCACUAUGCAUCAAGAAGAUGAUAAGAAUACAUGUAGCUACUCAGUUAAUGGCGAAGAUUCAACUUUUUACCUAUUUCCCAAAAUAAUUUUCGAACAAACUGAAGCUAAAGGCCUCAAGAUAGGUGGACUUACACUCGAUAGUGCCCAGCCAUCACAAUGCAGCUACCUUGGCCCAGUUUCCUUUUAUCCUUCCUGUUUAUCAAGAGAACAAAUUCUCCAAUUGUACGAUAGGAAGUGCUCGAUUGUACCAUCCAGCAAAUCUACAGCAUUAUUCUAUCUAUCUCCAAUAGAAAAAGAUGACGAAGUUACCUUAAUUAACCAAAUUAACAACGAUAUCGUUGUUGACAACAUUUCCUAUCAAUACAACCGAACAUUCAACUUCGCAGAAGUGUUGGUCAACCACUGCGGUGUCGAAGUUUUGCUUCCUUUGUUCGCACAAUGGGAUUUGAACGAUUUUGAAGGGAACAAGAUCGAUUUUUAUGCGGAAAGUACGGUCGAAUUGCUUCAAGACGCGUUGAUGAUGAGUAACUUCGCCCAGAAAAUCUUCGCAGAUAACGAAGGUUUCAAAAUUAUUUCUCAUUUAAUUAUAUCUUCGAACCAAAACCAUAUUUCAUAUAAUUUAUAUAUGAGGUUCUACACGUUGUUCAAUAAUCUCAACGUGUUUCAUGCAAAAGAAUCAUUAUUUAAUGAGAUAUUAUUAAAUAAUGAAAUUUGGAUGAAAACUGAAGCUCUUGACCACACGAGAAUAACCAGACAUUGGUGUCGAAGUCUUUGUACUCCCAAUUCCCCAACAAUUCAGUUUUUGAGUUUUUCAAAGUUAUUAUCCAUUCUUAAACUCUAUUAUUGGUACGAAGAUGAGAAGGCUGAGCACAGAUCUUACCAUACAGACCAUUGCCGUGGCCAGAAAAUCAAUGUUGAAGAAUGCAGGAAAAAUGUUUUGUCUUUGGCCCAUCACGCAGCGGCCAUGAAGUUCACAGAUGCCGAUUUCUCAUUGUUAAUGAGCCAUGUUCUCACUACGACGUAUCCAAACCAAAUUACGGACUUUUUAGUUUUCAUAAGAGAAUUAAUCAACGAUGGAAUCCUCAACAAAGUUGAUAAUUCUUCUCUUAUACUCUUGGUCCAGUACCUUUUCAAUACAAAUUCCGAAAAUAUCGCGGUUAUUCUCAUAUCUACCUUAAUUGAUGCCCAUAAGGCCGGAAUUGUCACAAAUUUGAGCCUUUCGAAUAAUCUGGACAUCAUAUUACACCAGCUUUCGGCCAAUUUCAUUACGAAAUCGAAUUUCGAAAUUUUUGUAGCGAUGUGCAAAGCAACACCAGAGCUUUUCACGACAUGCACGUGGAUGGCAGCCAAUCUAGGCCAAGAAAGCAUCGAAUACGUCAUUAAAAACCUUCCUCCGAAGAAAGAAUACACUCAAUCAAAGAAUUGGUCAGUUUUCUUGAUCCACAGCCUUCACAUAUUGGAAGGAAAGAUCGUACACAAGCUCAUUACGUAUUUAAUCGAUCUUUAUUUGCCAGAUUUAUCCGAUUUUAUUUCAAUGAUCGAUGUAAUUGGCCGAACGUUCGAUGGAAGCUCACAAGACACAGAGGAUUUGAUCCACGAUGUCAUAUUUAACGUAGGAAUCAUCGUUCAUAGUAAUCCGGAGAAAAUUACAUUUGGCGAGUAUACGAAGCUGAUGACGCACUUCAUGUUCUUCCAUAGCAUUGAGAACUACAAUAACUUGGCUUUGGCCCAACUUUACUCGAAUUCUCCAUAUGUCCUGAUUAAACCGAAGAGAUCAAGGAGAUACCUUGAAGAGAAAGUCCCCGCAACUCCUCCGAAAGCUCCAAAGUCAAGUCCGCAGAAAAUUAUGAAGAGAAAAGCAAGACAUUCGAUCAGAAGGAAAUCCAUAGUCCAAUUCGUGGAAGAUCUCGAGAAUUACAGCCCACAGCUCGCAUUAAGAGCCAUGUCAAAACUCAAAAUCCUCCAGAAAAUGACUACAAGAAGAUAUUCAAUUUUCCAAAAAUUCAAACCAUCUGUCACUUUUUCACUAGCCGUUGUAAACAUUGACGGUUUGAAUGAAUUUGAUGAUGACAUUCCAGAAGAUUUCAAGUUAAAUGAGGAAAGAGCCGAAUUACUGUCGAUUAUGCCGUACGAUAUAGGAAAUAAACUCGCAUUAGCAGGAGAUAGAGAGUAUUCUUACGUUUUCGGACUGAGAUUCGACGGAGAAGACAGUUGGGCUGAUGUAGAUUUAGCUCUGCAGUUCAUUACCCUGUUUUUGUCCGCUCCAAGCCCAGAAUAUCUCGAAAUUGCUCUGAUUAUCACUGCUUUCUUGACAAAAAGCGGAUCUGAUGUAUCCGAAUCAGUUCUUGACCAGAUUUCUCCAGAAAUGAAGCAACAAUUACCAGAUCCUUUGCUAUAUUUAGACAAAAUCCUUUCAAAAGACAAAGUUUUCAAGAAUGUGGACGAGAAUACUCGUGCAGCCAAAGAAAAAGCGUGUUUCGAGUACAUACAAAGCCUAGACAACAAAUUCAGAGACAGAGCUUUAGAUGCAGGACCUUUAAUCAGUUUGAAAGCGAUAAUGAGAGAGCAAACGAACAAUUCCAAGACAGCUCUUGCGAUUUUCGCAUCGAUUUCGGACGAAUUAGUUGGUAUGGCGAAUAAUAGAGUAAACGACGACGAAGAUUUGAUUCAUUCCAACAAGAUCUCGAACAGAAAGCUCUGGCAGAAGUCAUGGCAUGUCCUAACUCUCGAAGAUUCGCCUUGGCAGUGCAGUUUGCCAGAUUCUCUCCGAAAAGUCACCCAUUACAAGAGAGACAACGUUCUCACAGCGUAUGGUGUUCCUACGAACAUCAAGGUAAACAACAAUUUCGACGACCACACUUUGGCUUCUCUUUUGAGGGACAAAGGAAGCUGGUGGUCGGCUGAAGAAGCCCUGGAAGAGGAGAAGAGGAAGCUGAAGGAGACGUACGAGAAAGAUAAACAUGCUCCUCUGUUCGAAAUCGGAGAUUUGGAUUUGGAUGAGAGCGAAACAGACGAAAGCAGCAGUAAGAAGGAAUACAGCAUGUUGUAUAUUAAGGAAAGAUGUCUUUUAGAGCUUCCUUGCGAGAUAAUUAAGUUGAAAAAGGUAUUUAAAGCGAAAUUCGCUCUGUUCACAGACCAGAUCUUCAUCAAUUUCGAAAAUGACAAGGUUGUCGUCAUCAAAUCAGCUUCAAUAGAGAGGAUUUACUUCAGAACUCGAUUACACCAUCCUACGGCCAUUGAAAUUUUCUUAGAAAACGGUUUGACAUAUUUAAUCAACUUCCCCGGAGUAAAUUCACUCACAAUUCUCCAGAACUUCGAUUUGGUAGAAACUCCAAAGGCAAUUUUCAAACAAAAAGUGCCAUUCAAACCGUUUUUUGCCACCACAGAUUUUACUCCAAAAUGGUGCUGUGGCCAGAUCUCAAACUUCGAGUACCUGAUGGAACUGAACAGGUCAUCGGGCAGGUCGUUCAACGACACGUCCGCUUACCCGAUAAUUCCUUGGGUUAUAAGGGAUUAUGAGUCAUUAUUCUUAGAUCUCAGCGAUCCAAAGACAUACAGAGACCUUACGAAGCCCAUAGGAGCUCUCAACCAAGAAAGACUCUCAUUACUUAGAUCUAGAGUCGAUGCUCUCAAAGCUGCAGGAAUUCAGGAGCCAUUCCUUUAUUCCUCAACGUACAACUGCCCUCUCAGCAUCUUUUUGAUGCUAUUAAGGCUCGAGCCAUUCACAACUCUCCAUAUUCGAAUGCAAUCAGGCAGAUUUGACAUUCCAUCGAGAUUAUUCCACUCAAUUCCAAGUUUGUGGGAGUUUGCAACAUGUAACGCGAAUGAUUUCCGCGAACUCAUACCAGAAUUUUUCUGUUGUCCUGAGUUUUUGGUAAAUUCGGACAAUUUCAACCUUGGAUUAGAAAAUAGCGAUGUGGAGAUGCCGAAAUGGGCGAAGAACCACUUUGAUUUCGUGUAUAAGAACAGAAAAGCGCUUGAAUCUGACUUUGUUUCCUCGAAAUUAUCAAAUUGGAUCGAUUUGGUAUGGGGAUACAAGCAGAAGUCGUAUGAAUAUGAUAAUGUGUACAUCAGAGAGAUGUAUUCCGAUAUCUGGAACCAGCCAGGAACAGAAAAUCCAGCGAAAAGAGCUGAAAAUGAGGCAAUUCUGUCCCAUGUCGGCCAGAUACCGCCUCAAUUGUUCGCAACCAAGCAUCCUGAGCGUGCAAUCUUACCAAAGAAGAUCCCUACGCUCUCCAAAAACGUUUCAGUCAAUAUGCAGAUGACAAAUCUGUUGAUUGCAACAAUUUCAUUGACCAAUUCGCCCACGAAAUGCAAGGUUACGACAAUUGACGAGGAUUGUGUCUCUAUGACUGCCCUAUUCGACGCCUCUUCCCUAAAUAAAAUGACUGUUUCAGCCAUUAGUAAAAGUGUCAAUUCCCCAGUUUUGAGAUCAAAAUCUAUGAGUUCUCAACAUGUCAUGUCAAAACCGCCAACUUCUCUGAAAAAGUCGACAACUCGGUUAAGAAAGGAUUCCAGCGAUAAAGGGUUUAUAGUGUCUGAUGUACACAUCUCAUGUGUUGCCACGGCCAAGACGAAGGUUGUGAAAGGUUUCAGAGCAUCAGAAUCAAUUUUGUUCACAGAAACAGAUGAUUCGACGAUUUACUUCGCGGAAGAGAACAAAUGCGAGAUAUACAAGGCCUUCCCAACAGUUACGCUCUUUACGAGACAAAGAUCUUCAAUUACAUCGCUUUAUUCCGAUAAAAACCACAUUAUUACGUCAAACAGCGAUAAUGUGGUCACCGUUUACGAUACAUUGCAAGGAACAUCUCCGCUGUUCACCGUUCCUUCGUAUUCCUCAAAAGUGAAGUCAGUUGCGAUUUCUAUUCCAUUUAAGAUGUUCUGCUUCGGAACAAAGGACUGCAGACUGACAAUUGGCUCCCUGAACACAGGAAACGUCGUCAGAAUUGCUGAUUUGAAUGGAAGAAGGGCAAUUAAGAUUUUAAUCACUCGCGGCUGGGGAUUCAUCGUUGUCUACUCAACAGAUUUAUCCAAGGGAUACUUACAGCACUUCAUCGAGAUUUAUUCUGUCAACGGAGACAAAAUAAACGAAUGCGAACUUAAUUCGAAAGUUUCUUGCUGGUAUACUUACAAAAACGCGAAGGGAUUCGAUUACAUCGUCAUGGCGACAGACCAAGGAGACAUUUUCCAUUUCGAAGCCUUUUAUUGCGAUAUCGGAAGAAGAAUCUUUGGAAUUGAAGCUCAGGUGAUGUCUGUGAUCUACCACGAAGAAGAAGGAAUUGUUACUGCAGUCAUACAAGAUGGAAGAAUUAUUUUUAUUUCUUCUAUUUUGGACUGA